AUGGAAACCGCCCACCCCUCAGCCGGAUGGGAAAACGUCGGCGACAAGUGGUACCGCAAGAUCCAGCUCUACACCGAAGUCUUCGACCAGGACCUCGACCUCGACAACCACCUCGUCGCGGGCGCCCCCUACGCCGGCGCCCUCGCCCUCUUGCGCGAUGACACGAAACUCCAGGCCUACCGCCCCAAGGGGGGCUCCGCCGCCUCCAACAAGCCCGGCAUCGACAUCUACUCGUACGCCGGCAAGCUCCUCCGCCACAUCCCCUGGGACCAGGGCUCCGGCGCCAUCAAAGGGCUGGGCUGGGCCUCCCUCGGCGGCGGCGAGGAGCGCCUGCUCGUCGUCACCGCCGACGGCGUCGUGCGCGUCUACGACCUGCUCGGCGAGUUUACCCAGUUCUCCCUCGGCAACGGCGCCGACGACUUCGGCGUUGUGAGCUGCCGCUUCUACGAGACGGGCAUGGUCGCCCUGCUCGCCUCCAACGCGCUCGUCUCCGUCACAUCGUACGCCGAGCCGCGCCCGCGGCUGCUCGCCCAGCCGCCCGAGGGCCAGGGCGAGAUCCACAGCUGGGCCGUCGUCGCGCCGGAUCACACGCUCUCGCGCUCCGUCGAGGUGCUGCUGAGCAUCGGCGAGACGGUGUACGUCGUCGACGCGGCCGAGUACGAGGACCGCUUCCUGGACAUCGGGCCGUUCAGCCACAUCAGCGUGUCGCCCGACGGACGCCUGAUUGCGCUGUACACCAAGACGGGCAAGGCGCACGUCAUCUCGAGCGACUUCCAGGAGCGCCUGAUCGAGCACGACUCGGAGAGCAAGAUCCCGCCAAAGUAUGUGGCGUGGUGCGGCUCCGACGCGCUGAUUGCGUGGGAGGACGAGGUGCACAUCAUCGGGGCAGAUAACGCCUCGGCGGAGUUCUUUUACGACGGCAGGGUACAUGUCAUCUCAGAACACGACGGCGCAAGACUCAUCACAAACGACGUCUGCGACUUCCUCGAGCGCGUCCCCUCCGCCACGGAACAGGUCUUUGGCACCCGCGCCGAGUCCUCCCCGGCCUCCAUCCUCCUCGACGCCGUCGGCCAGCUCGAGCUGCAGUCCCCCAAGGCCGACGACUACAUCCAGCUCAUCCGCGCCAACCUCACCGAGGCCGUCGACACCUGCGUCAACGCCGCCGGCCGCGAGUUCUCCGUCCACUGGCAGAAGCAGCUCCUCAAGGCCGCCUCCUUCGGCAAGUCCGUCCUCGACAUCUACAACAGCGACGACUUCGUCGACAUGUGCGAGACCCUCCGCGUCCUCAACGCCGUCCGCUUCUUCGAGGUCGGCCUGCCCCUCUCCUUCGAGCAGUACCAGCGCCUCACCCCCGAGGGGCUCCUCAAGCGCCUCGUCUCCCGCCACGAGUACCUCCUCGCCCUCAAGGUCGCCGCCUACCUCCGCCUCUCCACCGACCGCAUCUACGUCCACUGGGCCUGCGCGAAAGUCCGCUCCGGCGCAGAGGACGACGACACAAUCUGCCGCCUCGUCGUCGAGCGCCUCGCCGGCAAGCCCGGCAUCUCCUUUGAGGAAAUCGCCCGCGCCGCCUACGACGAGGGCCGCUCCCGCCUCGCCACCGAGCUCCUCAACCACGAGCCCCGCGGCGGCCGCCAGGUGCCCCUGCUCCUCUCCAUGGAGGAGGACGAGCUCGCUCUCGACAAGGCCGUUGAGAGCGGCGACACCGACCUCAUGUACGGCGUCCUCCUCCAGCUCAAGAAGAAACUCCCCCUCGCCGCCUUCUUCCGCGUCAUCAACGCCCGCCCCACCGCCACCGCCCUCGUCGAGGCCGCCGCCGCCCACGACGGCGACAACGCCCUCCUCAAGGAUCUGUAUUACCAAGACGACCGCCGCGUCGACGGCGCCGCCGUCUUCCUCCGCGAGGCCCUCCGCCAGCCCGACGCGCGCACCGCGUCGGACAAGCUCGCCCUCGCCGCCAAGCUGCUCGCCGACUCGCGCGAGGCCGCCGCCGAGGUGCACGCCCUCAAGGAGGCGCAGACCCUGCUCAAGAUGCAGGAGGCCUUCGACCGCGACCUGACCGACACCUUCACCGGGCUCAGCGUCAACGAGACCAUGUUCAAGCUCAUCCGGCUGGGCUACCACAAGCGCGCCAAGAACAUCCAGAGCGAGUUCAAGGUGCCGGAGAAGGUGGCCUGGUGGAUCCGGCUGCGGGCGCUGGUCGCGAAGAGGGACUGGGCCGAGAUUGAGGAGUUGGCGAAGACGAGGAGGAGUCCGAUUGGAUGGGAGCCAUUCUACAACCUCACGCUACAAGCAGGCAACCCCCGCCUCGCCUCCGUCUUCGUGGCCAAGUGCACCGGCCUCGAACCGGGCACGACCAUCACCAUGUACGAAAAGUGCGGGAUGCGCGUCAAGGCCGCCGAGGAGGCGGUCAAGCUCAAGGACGCCGAGGCGUGGGCGCGGCUGCUCGAGGCCGCGGGGCGAACCUCGCAGGAGGGCCGGGAGAUUGAGAGGCUCGGGGCUGCCGUGUUCAGGAGGUAG